AUGGCGAACGCUUCGUGUAGCGGAGGUACUCCCUUCAAGCGACUCAUCGAUCAUCAGGCCCGAGAUGUUAGCCAUCACCAGGACCGACUCACAGAUCGCGCCGGUCCUCAAGGUCAUGCUUCCUUCAGAUCCACACCACAGCAUAUGCAAGGCGCCGAUGGCUUCGGCGCAUUCAUGGAUGGCCAGUCAACACUUCCAGGAGUUCCCCAGCAUCACCACGCAGCAGGAAGAUUAGCAGCCCAUGCUGCUGUUCUUGAGCAAGGACAUCCACAUGCAUUCCAUGCCGCGCAAGCACAGCACUUCAACCAAGCACAGCACUCCCCUUCAGUAGAUACGAGUAACUGGGCAGCCGACUUCAGCCGCUUUGCGAAUCAGUCGCAGCAACGACAACCUGUCCAAAAUGGCUUCUCGCAAGCCGCGCCUCAAAUGCACCAACCAGCCCCUCAGAUGAACUUCCACACUGCAUUCAUGCAGCCCAACACUGCUUUCUCGCCUAUGUAUAAUGGUGCUCUCAUGGACAACACCGCAGCGCCGGCACAGGAAGCUGGUUUCGACGACGAAAUGUCAAAGUGGAUGGCGACCAAUGGCGGAGGAGGAAUGGAGGAAGUAGACGCCAUGAUGGACAAGAUGGCUCGCGAACUAGAACUCAACGACGCAGCGGUAGCGCAGGCCGAAGCCGAACGUGCCUCACAACAGGAAACCGUCGUCGAGCCAAGGCUGGAACCGAAUCCUCUCAAACUUGUCAUGGACGAUAUUUCCAAUCUCGCCAUCGAGGCAGAGCGAGAGGCCAUCCUUCAAGAACCUGAACCAGAACCUGUCGAGGUCGCAAAGACAAAGUCCGAAGUCGCAGACGCUGCUGAACGACUUCUCGAAUCAGUCGAGCACGAAGAUGGCGAGAAGUGGAAGAACUCGGUAUUCCUGUCUCUCAUGCGAGAUUUCCGUGAUGGGAGAAAGGACAUUAUCGACAACGAGAUCCGCGAAACGCCUGAGAACGAGACAAAUAUUGCACAAGAUGCUCAGUGA